AUGGCGCGGGAUAGCGGGAUGCAGGAAUUCACCCGUAGCCUCUUCCGAGGACGCCCGGACCUCAGUACGCUCACGCACUCCAUCGUACGGCAGAGGUUCUUGGCUCACGUGGGCCGCGACCAUCUGGAACCUGAGGAGAAGCAAGCGCUGAAGCGGCUGGUGGAAGAGGAGCUGCUGAAGAUGCAGGUGGACGAAGCGGGUACCAGGAAGAAGCUAGAUCUUACGAAGAAAGUGAAGAGGCCUCCUAUUUCCUCCAGUGAGCCAGAGAGAAAAAGAUUCCGUUUAAAUUCAGAGUCAGAGCUCAGCUCUGCAGCUUCCAGUCCAGACUGCUUUGGCUCCUCAGCAAAGAACAGAAUGGCAGCAGCAGAAGUCAGCCCAGCUGAGAAGAGUCCAAGGCGAGCCUCAAAGAAAGCAAUGGAGAGCAGAGAUGAGGAAGAACAGCAGAGGGACCCGACUGCAAAGAUGGGAUUAGAGGAGGAGGAAGAAAAAAAGGAGGAGUUCAAGGGCAGGACUAGGAAGAAAAUGAUGACAAAGAAGGACAAGCAGACACUAGGCAAGGCCUCAGUCAGCAGGAAGCAGGCCAAGGAGGAGAGUGAGGACAGUGAGGAACCUGCCCAGAGUAUGGGAAGGAAGGGGGAGGGAAAGAAAGGAACUAGAAGCCACCAGGAAAGUGAAAAGGAGAGUGACAAUGAUAAAGAAGAGAUUCCAGCCAUGAAAAAAGAGAGUAGAGAAGAGGAAAAGGGAGAAGAGGGGGAAGAGGCAGAGGGAGAAGAGGGGGACAAGGAAGAGGAGGAAGAGGAAGAGGAGGGGGACGAGGAAGAGGAAUGGGAACGCAGAGCCACGAGCAGUGGAGGGAAAAGGUUAGCUUGGGAGGAGAGGAGCUUUAAGCAGAAAAGCAGGGCAGGGAGGCCAACGGGAGACUGGGAGGACGGAGGGGAAGAGAAGGAAAAAGAGGCAACAGGUAGUGGGGAUAACAUCGGGGGAGAUGAAAAGCUCCCAGUGCGAAGGAAGAGCAAGGACAGGGCCCAGUGUAAGGUUGGGAAAAGGCAGAGUGGGAGCAGCGAGGAGGACGGGGAAGACAGCUGGAGGAAGGUGAAACUAAGGAAUAAAAGCACUGGAAAGACAGCCAAAGCGGACAGUAUCAACGGUGAGGACAGUGACUUGGAGAGGGAGGUGAGUGACAGCGAGGCAGGAGGGAGUCCCAAAGGGGAGAGGAAGAACCGCUCUUCCAAGAAGAGCUCCAAGAAAGGCAAGACACGAAGCUCCUCUUCCUCCUCCUCAGAUGGAAGUCCAGAACCCAAAGGCAGGAAGGCUGUCUCUGGUCGCCGUGGUGAAGACCACCCAGCUGUGAUGAGGCUAAAGCGCUAUAUCCGGGCCUGUGGGGCCUAUCGCAACUACAAGAAGCUGCUGGGCUCCUGUCACUCGCACAAGGAGCGCCUCAGUGUUCUCCGGGCAGAGCUGGAAGCCCUGGGCAUGAGAGGUAACCCUUCCUUGGAGAAGUGUCGGGCCCUGAAGGAGCAGCGGGAAGAGGCAGCCGAGGUGGCCUCCUUGGACGUUGCCAACAUCAUCAGCAGUUCAGGCCGGCCACGCAGACGCACAGCCUGGAACCCUUCAGGAGAAGCAGCCUCCUCAGGGGAGCCGUACCGCAGGACCCUGGACUCAGAUGAAGAGCGGCCCCAUCCCCCACCCCCAGACUGGUCACAUAUGCGUGGCAUCAUCAGCAGUGAUGGCGAGAGUAACUGAGCUCCCCCUGCCCCGCUAGGAGGGACCCUUGCCACUUGUACAAAGCAUAUAUAGCACCUUCUGUUUUGUGCCUGCACAGAGUUGAAGCAGCUUUCUCCGAAGACAAGCAGCCUCCAGAGACACAAGCUGUCGGGACCCAACUUUUCUGCUUCAUUUUCUCAGUUUAAGUUGUUUACAGGGGUUUAUUUUUUAAGAUUCAAUAAAGGAGUGUUUGUAGUCACCUCAUCAAAACUGGUCCUCUCUUACCCUCUGUACUUUGGGCCAGGAGCUGAGCAGGAGCCACUGCUCCUCAUCUGUUUCCUCCUCUUUUCCCAGGCUCUCCAAUUGACUCCCAGCCUCCAGACACUGCCAUCCAGUCUGCCACCAGACUAUUAUCAGAGAAGGGUACAGCUGCCUAUUCUCCCUCCAGCCUGCCCAGUGGGCACCUCUCAUCACCCUGCUUUUAGUUACGUCUGAUAACCUAAUGCCUAGUUAAGAGGAUCUGGAUAAUUGGCUUUGGGAAGAAUGUGAAGCACAAAAUGACUUGGAGAUAGCUGGUUUGUGUCUUCCUUUUCCCUCUUCUUGGAAACAGCCACUUAGUGCAUGGGAUUACUCUCUACUUCAGUCUAAAAGGAGCGGGUACAGGACUUAGAAGCCCUGGUGGUACAAUGGUUAAAGUGUUCAGCUGCUAACUGAAAGGCUGGCAGUUU